GAGCAGCCCUGGUCUAGCCAACCCUCACGCGCGCAUGACCACCUCCGGAGACUCGCCACAGCCUCGGAACACCACUUCCUCGAGCCGGAGGGAGGAAGGGAGGGGGGAGAAGUUCUGCUUAGCCCCGGCCCCGCCCCUCCUUUCCCCUCCGGCUCCGGGCUCCAGGCUGCCUUCGACUCCGCUGCUGGGCGAGCGCAAAAGUUCGACCUUCCCCGCCAGCCUGGGCGGCACGAGGGCGCCGGAGGAGACGGGCAGCAAUGCGCGCGCGGCCAGUCGGCGCUGAGCUCUGCGCGCGCGGCGCUCCGAGGGAGUCUCGAGGCGACCCGGCGGGAGGGCUGAGGUCGGCGCAGACAUGGAGACCGCCAAGAGCAGGAGGAGCCCGACCCUGAAAGCUUCACAAGGAUGCAGCAUUGAUCCAAAGGCAGCUGUUGAGCUGGAGGAGAUUUGUUGCUCCCAUUCAGAUCUUGCCAGAACUGCUGAGUUCAACAUAACAAUGUCUUUGGGUCACUUAGCCAAGGGAGCCAGCCUAGAUGACCUUAUUGAUACUUGUAUUCAUUCUUUCGAUUCAGAAGGAAACCUGCUUAAAAACUCCCAACUGCUGAAGGUAACACUGAGCAUGCACCGGCUUAUUAUCUCCUCCACUGAGAUGCUGCGAAAACUUAUUGAUCUAUAUCUGGAUGCUCUGGAAAAUAAUUCUUCUGUGCUUUGUUAUAAAAUAUGUUACCUUGUAAGGUAUUGGAUAAGAGAAUUCUGGGUCAUGUUCAAAACAGAUUCCAAUCUUACAAACGCCAUGGAGGAAUUUCAAGAAUUGGUGAGAGUUAAUGGUGAGGAGUUGCACUGUCGCCUAAUUGACACAUCUCAAAUAAAUGCCCGAGAGUGGUCCAGAAAGAUCACGCAGCGGAUAAAAUCUAACAGCAGUAAGAAACGGAAAGUGUCACUACUCUUUGAUCACUUGGAACCAGAGGAGUUGUCAGACCACCUCACUUACCUUGAAUUCAAAUCCUUCCGACGGAUAUCACUUCCAGAUUAUCAGAACUACAUAAUGAAUGGCUGUGUGAAGGACAAUCCAACCAUGGAGCGCUCAAUUGCUCUUUGUAACGGUAUCUCCCAGUGGGUGCAGCUAAUGGUACUCAAUAGGCCGACACCGCAGCUUCGAGCUGAAGUAUUCAUCAAAUUCAUUCAUGUGGCCCAGAAACUUCAUCAGUUGCAGAAUUUUAAUACAUUAAUGGCUGUGAUAGGUGGCCUUUGCCACAGUUCCAUCUCUAGACUUAAAGAAACAAGUUCUCACGUUCCUCAUGAUAUUCAUAAGGUGUUUAAUGAAAUGACAGAACUGCUAUCAUCUUGUAGGAACUAUGAUAAUUAUCGACGUGCUUACAGCGAGUGCAGUAACUUUAAGAUCCCUAUCCUUGGAGUACAUCUAAAAGACUUGAUCUCCCUUUAUGAGGCCAUGCCAGAUUACUUGGAAGACAAAAAAGUUAAUAUACAUAAAUUGUAUUCUUUGUAUAAUCAUGUCAAUGAACUGAUACAGCUGCAAGAGAUAGGCCCUCCCCUGGAAGCUAACAAGGAUCUUGUUCAUCUCCUCACACUGUCCCUUGAUCUUUACUACACGGAAGAUGAAAUUUAUGAACUUUCAUAUGCACGAGAGCCAAAAAGUCACCGGGCUGCACCUUUGACGCCUUCUAAACCGCCAGUAGUAGCAGACUGGGCCUCUGGUGUAGCCCCAAAACCUGACCCAAAGAUCAUUAGCAAACAUGUUCAGAGAAUGGUAGAUUCUGUUUUCAAAAAUUACGACCAUGAUCUGGAUGGGUACAUUUCUCAGGAAGAAUUUGAGAAGAUUGCAGCAAGCUUUCCUUUCUCAUUUUGUGUAAUGGACAAGGACAGGGAAGGUCUGAUUAGCAGGGAUGAAAUCACAGCUUACUUCAUGAGGGCCAGCUCAAUCUAUUCUAAACUAGGCCUUGGCUUCGCCCACAACUUCCAAGAGACCACUUACCUGAAGCCUACGUUCUGUGACAACUGCGCUGGAUUUCUCUGGGGAGUUAUUAAACAAGGAUAUAGAUGCAAAGAUUGUGGAAUGAACUGCCACAAGCAAUGCAAAGAUCUGGUUGUAUUUGAAUGCAAGAGAAGAGCCAAAGUCCCAGCAGUAGACAACAGCCCUGCUUCAGCCCUUGCAUCCAGUCUUUGUCCCAUGGGGCUCAAAGAACACAUGCAUGGUCUGGAGGAGGGAGGAUUUCCAUUUCCUAACGGAGAAGUUGUGGAGCACAGUGAAGGGAGCAAAGACAGAACUAUUAUGCUUAUGGGGGUGUCGGCUCAAAAGAUCUCAGUGAGGCUAAAGCCAUCUGUGGUACACAAGAGUACGCAAACUGACUUAGUGGUGGCACAUAGUGAUGGGCUCCCCAGGCAACAGAGAGAGCCAGGAACGCUACCUGAAAACACUCUUCUGCAGCCUACUCCGCUGUCGACGUGUCCCAGCCCGGUUCUUAGUCGUAAAAAGGCGUAUGUGAAAUGGGAAAACAAGGACUGCAGUCAAAAAGCAAAGCAGGAGCCCUGUGCUCUAAAACCCACAUACCAGGAAUUAGAGCAGGAGAGAAACAUCCUUACAACAGAGAAUGAAGCUUUAAAGCUACGGCUUAAACAGGCACAUAAGAAAAUUGAAUUCCUCAGCAUUCGAAGAAACCACAUAUUGGACAGCAGGGAACAUGGAGACUGCUUGUAGCCAGGAGGACAGUAAAGGCAAUGGGACCUUUGAGGGCGAUGCAUUCAAACGUAUGCAGAGCGGCAGGUUUUUAAACAGAGGUAUUCCUGUUCAGUCUUCCCUGUCCUGCCUGAUAUUAGUACUUGUGGGCGUAUGCAUGCCUUGUCAACAGGUUUCAAACAGUUUGCCCUUUGUUUGGCUGAAAUGACGGCAUUUGGAAUUAUGGCAAGAAUUACUCUUGCUGCCUUCAUAACAAGGGGUGGAAUUCAGUGUAGCUCUCGGUGUGCAAGGUUAACACACACAACGGUCCCGAAAUCUGCUCAUGGACCACCAGCACACACCCUCCCCCAAACAAAUCUGCUCCAGAAUAUCUCACAAGCAUUUGGAGCUGAUUUUGAGGGCAUGAGGCCACGGGGGUGGAAUGGGGGGGCUGACUGCAGGCAGCAGGAAAGGAAGAGGGGGAACUUUAUUAUGUGCGCAGGCGCCUGUUAUGCGAAUGACACUGCAGUGCUGGAUACACCCCCUACCUCUACAGCCAACCUUACUGCCCUUGGAGGGUUGGCAUAAUUAAGAUUAAUAAUUCAAAACUGUAGCCCUGCACAAUCAAUACGUAUUCGUUCGACCUGUGGACAAAUAGCAUUAGAGAUGCUAAAAGCUGCUUUGUGUUGUCUUGCGAAAAUCACUUUAGAUUUCCAUCUGAUCAUGAUUCUAGAACUGACACAUAAACGAUGCACUGUAAAAUAUGGUAUCAGACACUUGUGACCCUUUCUGUAGCUUGUGUUAAUAUUUAUUCACAACUUCUGGUUAAAUCUCUGGCUUCAAAUUGAGUCUAUAAUUUAUUUUUUACAAGAAUGACAUUAUGAUGUGCCCAGAAAUGGUGGUGUUUCUACUUUGUGUUCCACUGUGUAUGCUUACUCCUUUUGGAGUAAUUUCAUGCUUAAAUAACUUUUUUUGUACUUUCACUUACAAAGCCUAGAGUAAGAGGCUUGUAAGAUUAUUUAUGUGAGCAGCUUCUGUAAUGUAAAUUUGUGAGUUGAAGGAACUAGCACCUGUUCUUAUUGUUAGCUGAGCUGAUAAAGUAACUACACUUUACAAACUGUAAAUAUAUAUGUAAUAUUUAAAAUUGACCAAGCAUGAUUUUCUAAAACCUAUGUGAACUGUGUUGAUUCUUAGAAGCUAUACACUAAACAAGAACAAUCUAGGGAACAUAGAAAUGAAAAGCUAAACUGACACAUCUGGCAAGUUUGCUUUUUCCUUUGCAAACAUUUGCCCUCCUUCAGCAGUCUUCUCACAGGCAGCCAUUUUCUUUCUGGGCAAA